AUGUCUAGCAGAGAGACCUGGUCAAGAGAGGAGAUUGCAAUCCUCCUAUACUUCCGCUCGCGGUGUAUCAGCUACCGCUCGCUUUAUCUCCUUUUGCUACGACGGGGCUUCCACCGAACUCUGAAAGCUAUAGAGCGGAAAACCUGGGUCCUUGUGAGGCAAUGUCCACAACUGAAGUCGUCCACCGAUCAGUGGAAUCUAGGAGUGGUCGACUGCUGGAUUGACCGCCUGGUGGGGAGCCAUGAAGUUGUCAGCGGCUUGGUCCAUCUUGGCGCUGAAGACGCAGAAGUAAUAGCCUUGACUAUUGAAAGAACUGGCAAUGCUGAAUAA